AUGAUUUCUUCUGAAACCGCAUCGUUAAAUCAACUCCCGGGAAAUCACAGUAAAAAUUUAUUUAAUCUCUCCUCAUGUCAUCGUGACUUUUUGCUACUUUCAGCCAAGUCGUUUUUCUUAAGACUUCAUCGAGAAGAAAUUACAUAUAUGCUGAGAACAACUACCGAAUGGAAAGAAGAUAAAGCAGCCGCUUGUGAGAGAAUGAUGUGUACACGUGGUGCUGUGAGAGAAAAAUGUUGA